AUGCAAACUCGCUCAAAAACUCGUGCGCUAGAUAAAGUUACUGUCUUAACAACUACUGACGAUCUAUCAAAAAAAGUCACACGACGAAAAAAGAACACGACUGUCGAAACCCCCAAAGUAGUUGUUGACACCACACGGACUGACGGAGAGGGAAGAACGAGCAUAGAAAAGGAAAAUGAGAUCAACGAGAAUAAGGCAGUAAAUGAUAACAAUGAUAAUUUAAAACAUGAUAAUCACGAAGGGCCUGUCACUGAAAAUUUGCUCAAACAUACGGAAAUUGACGGUCACGAUGAAGAUGAUCUAGAGAUUUUGUUGAAAAAGGCUGAAGAAUCCUUACGAACUGAAAAUAGAAUACUAAGAUUUCCUGAGCUAAACGCGGGAUUUCGUGUUGAUGAUCAACUCUAUAUAAAAACAAAUCUUGACGGUAUUUCCAGUCUUCAGUACGAAGAAGUUGCGGUUUCAGAUUUCUCGAAAGAGAAUUCUGUUGAAAAAAAGACCUCAGAGAAAUUGGAAAAAACACCUUCAAAGUUAAGCAAGAAAGAAAAGCGGAAGCUUCGUGAAGCAACAGCAGGUCCUGGCUGGUUUGAUAUGCCAAAACCGGAAUUGACACCUGAGGUGAAACGCGAUCUCCAGGUGAUAAAGUUAAGGGAUGUUCUCGAUCCCAAACGGUUUUAUAAGAAAGACAGUUCCAAAACUAUUCCAAAAUACUUUCAGGUGGGAACGAUUAUCGAAGGUCCAACAGAAUUUUAUUCUUCUCGAUUACCUCGUAAGGAAAGGAAACAAACUAUUGUUGAUGAAUUGAUGGCGGAUGAUCAAGCUAAGAAGUAUUAUAAACGAAAAUUCUUGGAAAUUCAAGAGGUCAAACAAAGCGGAAGAAAGAAACAUAACAAUAAGCUUCGAAAGAAAAGAAGGCGAGAUUGA